AUGGUGCGGGCGCAGUUCUCGAAAGGCGUCGGGAUCUUCGGCUGCGACAGCUGGGCGGUCUACGCCCCCGGCAGGACACGGCUCGGCCCCGGGAGCCGCAACUCGUCGCAGAUUCCUUUGCCGCCCUCUGGCUGGGGGCCUCCGGUGCCGUGGCUUUCCAGACCCGCGGGCAGCGGAGAUGACCUCGACGUCCUCAUGAGCGUCUGGCAGUCGGUCGUCCGCGAGGGCCACGCGAAGAAGCAGAGGUGGACAGUCAAGGCCGACCUGGACGCAGUGUUCUUCCCCUCCUGGCUGCGGAGCCAGCUGGCCAGCACAGGCGGCGAGGGCGGGGGCACCGACGCACCCGCGCUGUACCUGAGGAGCUGCAAGAGGCCUGCGGACGGCUCGGCGCCCCCACCGGGAGGCGAGCUGAGCGGCGCACUCAAGGCCAUGGCCCGGGGCCUGUGGCUGGCUCUGCUCGCGGCGCCAGCGGGGGUGUCGGGCAUGGCGGUGGCGAGGGCGCGAAGUGGCGCGCACGAUCUGCAGAAGGCGGAGAGGCCACAGUCCUACAGGCAGCUGCUGCACAGCUACAAGGACCUCCAGUACUACGGCAGCAUGACGAUCGGGGGGCAGAACUUGCAGGUCGUCAUGGACACGGGCUCCGUGGACUUCGUGGUGCUGUCGAACAAGUGCACCCAGUGGUGCGGCGACCGGACCCACUUCGACGCAGGUAUAUGA